GUCUCAACAUGGCGGCACAAAGUGAAAGCUGUUGUACGCAAAUGUCCGUGGACGAGGAAAGUGAUUUGCUUAAAUACGGAGAGGAUAUAUCUCCAGCAAAGGAUGGUGGAGUGCGAAAAGUUGUAAAAGUAGAAAGUACUAAAGGGAGCAAGCCGCCGAUUGGAAGUAAAGUUAAAGUUUUUUAUCGCGGAACAUUUCUCGACAGUGGAGAGGAAUUCGAUUCAAACUUCGGGAGAAGAGAACCGUUUGAAUUCGAAGUCGGAAAGGGUAGGCUUGUGUUUUACUGAUGUGUAGAACAGGAAAAAUGUCUUAAAAUUUUGAUACUUGUAAUGUGAGCAGCCAGCCGGUUUUGAUGAGAAAAACUUCACCCAGCUCGCAGGCAAAUUACAAAAAAAUACAAGUGUUAAAUAAGCUUAAUUGGGCAUGGGUAGGGUGCAAGCUGUAUUGCAAAGAACUUAAUGGGAGAAGCCACAUUCUUUCCCCUCGGGGGCAUGGCCCAUGGUCUGAUGCCUAACUUUUGUUCUUGGGCGACUGGAAAAUCUUAGCCUGAGUAUCAGGCGUUUCUGGGGGAAAAGGGGAAAGAUGGAAGCCAAAAAGGGAGAGAGCUGAAGGAGAGAAACGCCUGACACAGAUGCUUUUACUGGAGCCUUCCACCCCCACACAGUAUGAUUCAAUAUCAUCCAAUCAAAAUCACUUCCGGUCAUUGGGUUGUCAGCUUCACGUGUCAAAAAGCUCGCCUAAAAUAAAUCUCACCUUUCUGUCUGGCCAAGCUCCGGUGCUUGUGUUGCUACGAUUUCACUUUUUUCUGAAACCUCCAAUGAGGAGUUUUCAAAAACUUGUAAUGCCUGGAAAUUUGUAAAUUGCUUUUGUUUACAAAGUUACAACAGGUGCUCACAAAAUAAGUGGCUAGGUUCCUGAGAGUCUGGCUGCUAAAAAGCCUUGGGAAAAUCUAUUUUUUUUCUUAAGGGUUUGUUGGUUAUCCUUCGUAUUCUCGGGUGGUUUAAAGGAGCUGCAAGAAUAAAUAGGAAGGUGCGAUAGUGAAACACCUAUGCAUAGAAAAUUAUCAAGCAGCAGAAAAUUUCACCACUUCACAGAGAGCUCGUGAAAGCUGUUACAAGUUCAGUUAAGAAAGAAGUGAAAGCCUAUAGCAAUCCCGUUGGCGAAAUAUGAUGGUGCCUGCUUGAGCUUAAGACAUUUCAAAAGUGAAAAAAAAAUUGGAAGAGGAGGCGACGAAUUCCAAUCACGUGCGCUAUCGUAACCGCCACCAGCAAAGUCAAGCUAAAGCCUUGGUGCUGGCAGCUAUUCUCAAUACAUUGCUACCUCGUUCUAAUUUUAUUUACAGUAACAAUACCCUUUUAACGGCAGGAUGUUGUAAAUCAGAACUUAGAUAUCUGACGCACUGAUAUCGUCCUCUUUGUCCUGGUCUUGUGAAACCAAUACUUGGACAUAGUUUUGGCAGAAUUCGAAGCUGGUAUAUGAGGCUUUUCCAUACUCCGAGAACAUCUUUCCUUUUAACUACGGGGCUUUGAAAACACAAUUCUUGCUUGGGUUUUAUUUUCAUUCCAGGAAAGAACUUGAGAGCACCCUCUAGAGCCUCUUUGAAUUCCUCUCUGGGUCGCUGUCCUUUUAAGUACUACUUCAAAUCAAAACAUCUCUGAAAAAUUUCGAUGGCUUCUCCUUGCCGAUCGCUCUGCUCGUAUUAAACUUGCGGUCGGUGACGUCAGGGGGUAUUGUGUGUUAUCCAAUCACUGCCACAUCCAGAUUUUGGAUGUGUCACACAAUAUGCUGAAUGGUUUUGUGUCAGGCCUUCCUUUCUCUUCUCCCCCCUCUCCCCUCUUCCAUCUAAAAUCUCCUCUCCCCUAGCCCCUUAGGAAGGCCCGAUACUCAGGCUAGGAAAAUCUUGUUUUUCUCAUAGAAAUCGUAUGCUUGGUACCCUGGUUAAAGUUCAGGGCACUACUGACCUCCCUUCAAUAUUUUCUUAGAGCACAGCUUUGUUUCCAUAAAAAUAAUAAUAAUAUUUAUGUAAUUCAAACCAACAUGUAGGGAGGAUUAUGUGGAUGACUCUGCUUAAUCCUUUCAAUCCUAGAAUAAGUUUUGGUGGGAUGAUUGUUAAAUCUGUGGACAAAGUCAUAGUAUAGCACAUAGUACUAUAAUUAUAUUUCUUAGGAUUUAACAAAAAGAUGUAAAUUUUAAGAUGGGCCACUUUGGACUGAAAGGGUUAAAACAGGCUUCACCAUUUUUUGUCUUUUUUUUACUUGUAGGUGUUGUGAUACAAGGAUGGGACAUUGCUGUUCCUUCUAUGAAUGCUGGUGAGACCAGUCUCUUUACCAUUAAACCUGAGUAUGCCUAUGGAAAAGAAGGUAGUGGCUUGAAAAUACCCCCAGACGCUACUCUUCAGUUUGAAAUUGAACUUGUUCUCUGGAAAGGGGAAGACUUGACAAAAGAUGGUCAGGUGACAAAAAUAGUUCUGCAGAAAGGAGAAGGAUAUGACAAGCCCAAUACUGGUGCCAACUGUGAAGGUUAGAAAGUUUCAUUAGUUUUAAAUAUUUAGCUAAUAGAUAAAUAAUGUGUAUUGCUCAUCAUUUUAAAAAGCAAUUUUGCCUAAAUUGCCUGUAUAUAUGUAUUUAACUAACAAUACUUAGAUAAUUAUUAUAACCCAAAACCUUAAAUUAUAGCUGUAUAUGUACAUGUACAUUUUGCUUGCAAAAUCUUUAAAUAGUAAUCAUUAACACAAUUUUUAGGGGAUUUAAUAAUAUUUAUUGUUAUUCAUUCAAAUGGCAGUCAAUUUAGAUUCAGUUAAAAGAUGAGUGCGGGCCUGAUUUUAGUUACUGUUACUGAAUACUAAUACAUUGUAAAACUGUUAGUGGAAAAGUGAAUUAUUGGGAUGAACUCUAUAAAACAGACACCCCUUUAAUGUGGACAGUUGCUCUGUCUUUGUCCAUAUCAGAGAAGUGUAACUGAAGUACAGAAAUCUGUCUCAUGUCUAAACAGUUUUAAAACUAAUCCAGUGUGCUUUUAUUUUUAGCUCACAUUGUUGGAAAGUACAAUGAGAAGGUCUUUGAAAAUCGUGAAGUCUCUUUUCAAAUGAGAGAAGGUAAUAUUACUUCNUGGUGGGAUGAUUGUUAAAUCUGUGGACAAAGUCAUAGUAUAGCACAUAGUACUAUAAUUAUAUUUCUUAGGAUUUAACAAAAAGAUGUAAAUUUUAAGAUGGGCCACUUUGGACUGAAAGGGUUAAAACAGGCUUCACCAUUUUUUGUCUUUUUUUUACUUGUAGGUGUUGUGAUACAAGGAUGGGACAUUGCUGUUCCUUCUAUGAAUGCUGGUGAGACCAGUCUCUUUACCAUUAAACCUGAGUAUGCCUAUGGAAAAGAAGGUAGUGGCUUGAAAAUACCCCCAGACGCUACUCUUCAGUUUGAAAUUGAACUUGUUCUCUGGAAAGGGGAAGACUUGACAAAAGAUGGUCAGGUGACAAAAAUAGUUCUGCAGAAAGGAGAAGGAUAUGACAAGCCCAAUACUGGUGCCAACUGUGAAGGUUAGAAAGUUUCAUUAGUUUUAAAUAUUUAGCUAAUAGAUAAAUAAUGUGUAUUGCUCAUCAUUUUAAAAAGCAAUUUUGCCUAAAUUGCCUGUAUAUAUGUAUUUAACUAACAAUACUUAGAUAAUUAUUAUAACCCAAAACCUUAAAUUAUAGCUGUAUAUGUACAUGUACAUUUUGCUUGCAAAAUCUUUAAAUAGUAAUCAUUAACACAAUUUUUAGGGGAUUUAAUAAUAUUUAUUGUUAUUCAUUCAAAUGGCAGUCAAUUUAGAUUCAGUUAAAAGAUGAGUGCGGGCCUGAUUUUAGUUACUGUUACUGAAUACUAAUACAUUGUAAAACUGUUAGUGGAAAAGUGAAUUAUUGGGAUGAACUCUAUAAAACAGACACCCCUUUAAUGUGGACAGUUGCUCUGUCUUUGUCCAUAUCAGAGAAGUGUAACUGAAGUACAGAAAUCUGUCUCAUGUCUAAACAGUUUUAAAACUAAUCCAAUGUGCUUUUAUUUUUAGCUCACAUUGUUGGAAAGUACAAUGAGAAGGUCUUUGAAAAUCGUGAAGUCUCUUUUCAAAUGAGAGAAGGUAAUAUUACUUCUCAAAGGUAUGAUUACUGUUGCUCCAGUUAAUAAAUACCAACAUAUGCUCACAGAAGCUACAACCUUUCUUCAGGCUGGUCUCGUCAAAGUUUGAAAAAAUUCACACUGUAUGAUAGGCUUUCCUUGUGACAUACUGGCAACUAUUAAGAAAAGCGUUAAAGAGGGGAGGGGCAUUGAAAUUGUAUUUUCUUGUUUGGCAAGAAAAUGGGCUAGGCACUUAUUUGGGGAUGGAGAAGCUUUUUUGAGGAUGUGUGGUAAUUACUGAAAUUACACCAGGAAACUUCUCUUCUUUGUAGCUUCCAACUAAUAAUAGUUAUAAUAAUAAGUUUUAAUCAUAAAUCAGUAAUGUGCUCACAUGUUUUAAGGCAGUCUAGGGUAAAUGUAAUCAGGUUUAUUCUUCUUUGACUGUAGGCUCCGAGCAUGGCCUCCUUGCUGGUGUAGAAGAAGCUAUGGCACAAAUGUGCGAUGGAGAAAAAGCACAAGUUUGGAUUCACCCUGGGAAAUGGGCAUUUGGCACAGCAGGAAAGCCAGAGUUUGAUAUUCCUGGAGAGGCGUUACUAGAAUAUAUCAUUCACCUAAAGAAAUUUGAAAAUGUGAGUAUCGUUGGCUUUAAUGCAACAAAUUGCCUUAUGAAAAUUCUGAAUAACAGUACUUCACCCUCCUAGAACUAUUAUCUAUCAACUUUAACUAUUCUUGCUUAAAGAAGUUUCUUCUUACUGGUAAUUGCUGUGUACAUUUUUAAGAGCAAAGAAAACUGGGAAUUGAGCAAUGAUGAGAAGAUCAAUUUAGCAGCUUUGACCAAGGAGAAAGGAACAAAAUACUUUAAGGUUAGCAUUAAGUUCUUUGUAUUUUGGUGAUGUUGAAGUUUUGGUUUAUUCAUUUGUUCAUCUGUCUUUUUAUUAUUUUAUUUUAUUUAUUUAUUUAUAUACCGUAUAUAUUCGAAUAAGUGCCCAACCUUGAAUUAGCGCCCACCUCGAAUAAGUGCCCAUCCUAAAAGCAGAAAAAGUUAAUGAGCGCCCAGCUUUAAAUAAGUGCCCACCCCACCCCGAACCCCACCCCUCCUCCUCCUAAUCAAAUUUAAAUAAUUAAGCACCCACCCCCACCCCACCCACUUUAGUAACAAUGUGAUUGAAAUUGAAUAAGUACAGUACUAAUAAGAGACUUUCCCGAGGACAGAGUUUUCUUCAGAGUAUUUUACAGAAACCUUGCUAUGUUACUUCUUCGCAUUUAAUUGUUAUUAACAUUUAUUGUUUUGUUGCAAAAUAAACAUACUACACUUGCUGAAAAGGGUGAAAUUUGGUAAGCUCCCAGCCUCAAAAAAGCACCCACCUCGAAUAAGUGGCCACUCUUAAGGUCCAAAAAUUAAAUAAGCGCCUAGGGUUGUUAAUCGAAUUAAUAAUGGCAUUUAUCUAGGGACACGAAACUAAGUAUUAUCAAUUGAAAACACAUAUGGACACUCAAACACAACAACACGCCGUUCAACUUAAGUGGAAAAUCAUCAAACAAUACAAACCUUAAAACAACACAACUAAGAAAUGUAAUUUAUGUCUUUUUGAAAAACUCAUAAUCAUCUGUAAAAAGGACCUCUGCAGUCUAAACAAGCGAAAUGAGUUAGGGACGGACCAUUAGAAAAGUUAUGGGGGGGGGAGGGGAAUUUUCGAGCUGCAGGAAUUUUUUUUCGUUAUCAAAUUCCUUGUAUGAAUUUUUUUAGGCCAUAGCAUGAAUAUUUUUUAGGAUUAAUUGGCGUGCAUGAUUUUUUUUUUCAUUUAAUUUUCCCUUGCGCGAAUAUUUUUUUUGUACGACACCCGUCCCCCCUGAUAAGUUUUCUUAUGGUCCAUCCCUUAGGAAGUUCAUGCCCCCACAGAAACAGAUACCUCCUCAAGAGAACUUUUUGAUAAAGUACCACAAUCUCCCAAAUUAUAAAUAGCAACCACAUGAUUUAUAUAAUAAAAUAAUGGCAUGCUGUUUUUACAUCUUAUUGCAACCGUAUUUCCGCUUUUUUUUUUUGCCAGUUAUUGUAAUUUAAUGGUCAAUUGUUGAUAUUACCUGAUAAGUGUUGUCAUCUUUUGGCCACACAAAACAGAGCUGUAGAAAUAAAACAAUGCACUACCUCUGAAGCCUUGAACCAGUUUAUUAUAAUUAUCCAUUCAUUCAUUAUAGAUUCCACAUACUGUUUGUCUAAAAUAUGUGUCUCCCUUUGCUCAGAUAGUGACCAGAAAGCAUCAUGCCUAGCAAUGUUUGUUAGGUAAACAGGUUAAGGCAUGUUAUUGAGGGGAAAAAUAAAAUUGUGGUCUUAAAUGGUCAAGUUCUUAAUAUGAUGUGGUUUAAAUUAUAUUUUCCUUUGUAUUUGGGUGUGGUACUGUAUGACAAUGAGUUUAAAACAAAGAAAAGAAAAAUUUAUUUAUUUAGCAAAGAUAAAAUUGAAACACAACAGAUAAAAUGGAUGCAAAUAUAACUCUUAUAUUUUCACCAGGAAGGGAAAUACCAGAUAGCAGCUCAUCAGUACACCAGGGUUAUUGCCUUAGUAGAUGGUUACUUUAAAGAUGAAGAGAAGGAGAAGCGAGAUCCACUUAAGUUGGCUGGUCAUCUUAAUCUCGCUGCCUGCCAUCUAAAACUCAAUAGCAACUUCAAAUGCAUCAAAGAAUGUGAAAAGGUGUGUACAUGUAGUUUUCUGUAUUUUAGUAUUUUAAAAACUAAUAUGCAACUGUUUUGAAUAUUCUAUAGCACAGUUUUUAGGGACUCAUACUCAUUAAUUAUUCAUGCAGUCAAAAGCAAAUUAAUGACGACCAUUUGCAUGGUUCAUACAAUCUUGAAAAGGUCUUGAAUUUUAGCAGUUGUCUUGAAAAGUACUUUAUUUCUUUGUUAGGUCUUAAAAAGUCCUUGAAGUUCACAACCUUGUCUAAAAUAUUUUUGCACUUAAGCAAUAUCUUACUUCUGUUUCUUUAUUUUAAAUCCUAUUUAUGUACCUCAGAUGCAAUUGCAAGUCAUACCCAAUCAUUUUUCAAAGUGUUGUUACAGAAAGUGGUAUAAAAUACUGUGAUCAAUCAUGGCUCAAGAAUUUAAAAUUUUAAAUGACUCCAUGACAUGUUUUAGCCAAUAAGGUGUUCAAGAGGGGUUUGUUGUGAACAAGGGAAGACAUUUGCCUGGAGAAUAUUAGGCUUUAAUCACCAAAUCUCUUACUAACACAAACAUGGCAGCAAACUGCGACCAUGAGGAUUGCAGGCUCAUACAAUAAAGUCAAAUCACACUACAUAUACAGUACAACGAAUCAUAAUGUAAUGCUAUACGUCACACAACUCUUGCAGUUUUCAAGUGUUUCUAGUUUCUAGCUUUAGUUUGCAAAUUAUCAUUUACACCACAGGGUUUAAAGAGUGCCAAUUUUUCGAAUAAAUCUUACUCCUUAAAAACUGUAAUUUGUUCUUGAAAAGUCCUUGAAAUUUGCUUGUCUGAAGUUGUAGGAACCAAUGAUGAUUUGGGUCAGGUGGAUGAAUCUUGAUGCCUAUGAAACACCAGAUAAAACACCAUGCACCAACAGGUUUUCAUCUGAGAUCAAACACUUGUAUUCGCAUUUUUGUUAUACUCAGACUGUAUACUUCAUCACGGGUUCCAAACACCUCGAAGCAGAUGAAAGCUUCUGGCCUACGGCCUCCUGCUGUUUCUUGGUGUUUGGCACUCGCCCUCGUUCUUAACAUCUUACUUGAAAUACUCUUGUGUAUAUCAACAAGAGUUUAAGUUACUUAUCGCUGUAAAAUGUGUAAAAAAUACAUGUUUAGUACAUGCGAUUGUAAAACUGUUUCUCUUUUCCUGUUAUUGUAGGCUCUUGAAAUUGAAAAACAGAACAUAAAAGCACUAUUCAGAAGAGGAAAAGUAAGUUGUUAGACUUUAUGUAAUUUGAAGUCGACAUGCAUUACUUGAUUCAGGUUAUAAUACAGUAAAACCCCGCAACUUAGAACCUGCCAUGGAUCUUAAGAACCUGUUGGGCUAAAAUUUGCCUUUUAGGCCCCCUCUAUACAAGAACCUGUUUCUGAAGCCUAAAAUUUAAAACAGGUUCUUAUUUUCUAAAAUCUAUGAAAAAAGUCUGUGCACUUGGGCAAAUAUUAGAUAAGUCAACAUUCAGAAUUUUCUUUGCAGAGUUAGCCGCCUCAUCACUCCAACUGCAAUUAUUUAAAUGCCAAUGUAGUCAAUGAGAUCAAUGCUUUACUUCUUCCUUUUAUGGUCAUUUUUACAUAACUUCAAAUUUGGUAUGCAGAUUUUAUAGAAUAUGAGGAAUAAGCUGAACCACUAAAUACUCUUAGCUACAUCGUAUUUUGUGUCUUUAGGAAUUAGAAAAUAAGAAACCAUUUAAGAACCUAAAUAGCUUAAACUUGUGCUAACUACCAUUUUAUUAUAGGAACGACAAAUCCGAUUGAACCAUUUUAAAUCCAGAAUCUUGCGUCUUGCUCACUACCCCGUUCAGCUUUCGUGGGUACGUUCGAAAACAACCUAAAAAAAGUCGAGACUAACUUUCGACAAGAUGCAACACGGAACAUUUGUAGUCUAGCCCAAAAAAGCUAACAAAAACGUACAUAUCAUAAAAAAGACGUUCAACAGGCUGUGUAACUAUCCCCCUUCAUUUACAAUUGCCACCUGUGCAGGAUUUCGUCCAAAUACUCAAAAGGUAGAAUUUGCUACCCAGAAGCUUGGUAAUAGUGAUAAUCAUGAUAGUGAUAAUCAGAAAACUUGAAAAUAAUUAGAAGCAGGGAGUAAUGAGAAUACCUUUAAUAGAAUGUCGGACACUUGAUUAUUGUUUCGUUACUAUAAACAUAUGUUAUCAACACUUGAAGACAAUUUUCAUUUGAUGUUUAAGAUAUGGCACAUACUGUGAUGGAGCCAGACCUUAAUGACCUUGCGGAGACAGUGAAGGUUAAAUUGAAACAAUCAUAGCGCAGAGGAUUAAGCACAAAAGGAAGGGUUUCCGUUUAAGUUGGGAGAGUAGCUCUUUACACGCCCGAUUUAAUUGAGUGAUUGCGAAAACACGAUAACCAAGUUAAUCUCAGUGGAAUUUACUGAUUGAGCUGUAGUUCGUUUUAGUCUUCUUUUCCCCAGUAAAAAACUGGACAAACGUUAUGAAAAGAGAGAGGGGGUUGGGAAGAAAACGCCUUAUUCCCUCUUGACAUUUUUCCUUCCCGGUGCUCUUUGCGUCCUCAAUAUCUGAGCUUUAAGAAUAGGAAACUGAUACCCUUUGCAUCAUCUCUUUACCAGGCCAGAUUAUCUAUCAGCGAACUUGACCUCGCAAAGAAAGACUUUGAACUUGUGCUCAAAAUCGACCCAAAGAACAGAGAAGCUCAACAGCAGCUAAACUUGGUCAACAAGAACAUAAAACAGCAUACGGCCAGGGAGAAAGUCAUAUUUGGUAAGUAUUUGGUUAUUGCUCUUUUCUCUCUAAAAGUAACAGGUCAGAGUUCGGUGAUACAAGCAGUUUCCCUGUGAAAAUGUGAGGGCACCACGCUCUCGAGAGAGUUCGCGCCAAUAUUGCUUCUACACUUGAGAAUUAGUUUUGUUUUGUUUUGUUUUUGUAUUGUUCACCGUAACGAACGCGAAGAAUCCAACUUUAUCUUCCUGAAUCUAUCUCUUGGAAUCUCAUAAUAAACUCGCGCGGGGUAGCGAGUCUCGCUGCGUUUCUCGAGGUGGGGCUGAUCUCUAUAUCGAGAAUAGACUCUCGCGUUUAGGUACAAUAGGUGUACUUCCCUCAGUUUCCUCAGGAAUAGCAAAGCGAACGAAAAACGCGAUAACGCGUGAAAAAUCGUAUUGAGGUAAACUACGAGUAGUUCCCUCAAUUUCCUCAGGGAUAGUAAAGCGAACCUUAAACGCGAUAACGCGUGAAAAUUCGUGUUGAGGUAAACCACGAGAAGUUCCCUCAAUUUCCUCAGGUUUGGUAGAGCGAAUGAAAUACGCGAUAACGCGAGAAAAACAGUGUUGAGAUAAACUAGAAGUAGUGCCCUUAAUUUCUUCAGGGAUAGUAAAGCGAACGUAAAACGUGAUAACGCGUGAAAAAUCGCAAACCGCAGGAAGGUUUCACGCGGAGGAAAGACAGAAUUGGCCUUUCGUGGCUUCAUAUUCCAGGGACUGUGAUGUAUCUAAGUAUCACAGGAGACCCAACCAAGAAGCCGAUAGUAAUCAGUUCACUCUGAAAUGGUUAGCUUACUGGACUUUUUUCUGUCCUGGGAGCAUCUAGUUCAUUGUGACAUUUUUGUUGCAGUCAGGUUAAAGUCACAAACGGGGUAAAAAAAAAAGGGUAACCACUGCUGCAAAGAGCCGCUGACAACUGUCGUUCUUCAGUACUGUUUAUGAUGGUGCACAAGAUGGUUCUAACUUUUGAGUCUGAGGAUAAAAUCUCAAAAUAUGUCCUUUCCAAUAAAAGGUACUAACCAGUACUUUCUUUUGGUACUGUUAAUUAUGCUGCACAAAGUGGUUCGAACGUCUGAGUCUGAGGAUAAAAUCUUAAAGUGUGUCCGUUCCAAUAAAAGGUACUAACCAGUACUUUGCUGUGGUACUGUUGGUUAUGCUGCACAAAGUGGUUCGAACGUCUGAGUCUGAGGAUAAAAUCUUAAAGUGUGUCCGUUCCAAUAAAAGGUACUAACCAGUACUUUGCUGUGGUACGGUUGAUUAUGCUGCACAAAGUGGUUCGAACGUCUGUGUCUGAGGAUAAAAUCUUAAAGUGUGUCCGUUCCAAUAAAAGGUACUAACCAGUACUUUGCUGUGGUACUGUUUAUUAUGCUACACUUGGUGGUUCUAACUUUUGAGUCUGAGGAUAAAAUCUCAAAAUAUGUCCGUUCCAAUAAAAGGUACUAACCAGUACUUUCUUUUGGUACUGUUUAUUAUGCUACACUUGGUGGUUCUAACUUUUGAGUCUGAGGAUAAAAUCUCAAAAUAUGUCCGUUCCAAUAGAAGGUACUAACCAGUACUUUCCUGUGGUGCUCACGGUGUAUUUUGCUGCACAAGGUGGUUCUAACGUUUGAGUCUCAGGAUGAAAUCUUUAAAGUGUGUCUUUUUCAUUUAAUGGUACUAACCAGUACUUUCCUCUGGUGUUGGUUAUUAUUCUGUACAAGGUAGUUCUUCUAAAGUGCAACCAUUCAAAAGAAAGCUACUGAGGAGUACGUUUCUCUGGUAAUGGCUAAAUUAUGCUUUUACCUGGUGGCUCGGCCUGUUUUCCGUAAGACAUGUUUUCGAAGAAGCAAAUAUUGCCUAGAAUUUUCUAAGUUUGAGGACGCUAAAAAUUCCCGAUGACCGUUCCAUUCAUGUACAAUUUUUGCUUGUCUAAUACAUUCUGUACGAUUUUCUGAAACUGAAUUUUUCACAUUCGCCUUCCCCCCGCCGGUUUAGCUAAAAUUUGCUAAAGCCCUCGUAAUUUCCAAACGGCUCAAUUUACCCCAGGAUAACCGAAAAGAUACAAAUUUUAUUACGCCACUUAGAAUGCAUUUCUAGGGAUCUGAAGGUACUCGGGAUAACCUGAGAAGCGUUUUUCAAUGUAAGGGUGUAAAGGCGCACACGAGCCAAAGGUCCAAACGGCCGGAGCUUAUCCCAGCUUCCUUAGCAUAAAGCGUGCAUAGGAGUGUUGCUACUCCUGACUGGAAAGGAUGCUAGUCCUCCCCCCCAGCAGUAUGUCGUCGGUUCCCAUUUAUACACCUGGGCGAAGAGUAAAGUUCCUUGUCUAAGGAAACAACAGGACAGGCGAGGUAAUGUAUUUGGAGAAAACUGUCGUUGGGUGCCCCUGCUUUGAGUCUGUGAAUGGGUGAAAAUCCUAUAAGUGUAAAUUCUGAUCUUCUAAAUAAUAGGUAUAAGCGAUAAAAAUUUUUUUUUUUUUGUUAUUCCUCAGCUAACAUGUUUGAGCGUCUGGCGCGCAGAGAAGAACUCGAGGCAGGGCAAACGCAGCGUCGCGAUGUGUUUCAAGAAGCCACAGACGAAGAAAUGAGAAAACUUUCAAACUCAAGCGACACAAAACCACUUGCUGCGAAAGAUCAAGAGGAAGCGCCAUCGACGGAAGUCAACGGUCAAGGAAACGCAGAUGUGGAAAUGAAAGAAGACGACAAAGGAGGCGUGGUUUGUUGACAUCCGGUUGAAAACGAAAUGACGAACAAUUUUUAAGAAUUGGAUCCCAAAUUUAGCGUCUGCAUUCCUGCCCAUCAACAACUGUACAGUCCACCGUCUCUCAACGGAAACCUCCCUAAAACGGAAACCAAGAGUUGGACAGACCCUGCCGGACUCCUCAUUUAGAAAACCGGACGUGUGUUGCCGGUUUCAACGCUGUCCGUGGCUUGUAUUAGAGAGAGAGUAGACUGUGUUAUAAGCACCCCAUGUAAAGGAAUCCAAGACAGUCUUGGGCUCUGGAUUCCAGAUACUGGAUACCAGAUU